UCAUAAAUGGCGCCCGCCAUUUUGGAUUGUGCGCACUCCCUGGGAGCAUGCGGCACCGCGAUCUGGUGCCCGCCAAUCAGUGAUCAUAUGAAGAGUAGUAAGCAAGAUGUCACUUCUGACAUCAUUGCUUACUACGUGUGAAAUCUGUGAAUGAUCACAGAGGUCACAUAGUAUAAAGCUAUUCACAACAGCCUUGUACCAUCCAUUGAGAAAUACUGUGCAAGCUGUGAUUGGUCACAGCUUGUCACAUGAUACAAGGCUGUUGUGAAUAGCCUUGUACCAUGUGACAGAUUUCAC